AUGGGUAGCAACUUCCCCGCAAUUCAGAUCGCCAACCGCGCUGUGGCUCCAGACUUGUCGACCGGCACUUCGCUCGUCUAUUCACUCUUGAGGACCCUUCCCAACGACACUGGACCGCUGAGGGCAUCGCAGCUCUCCCCGCGGACCGACCGGCAUCACUUCUAUGGCCUUGAAACAAUGCACGACGUUUUGUUUCGCCACUGCAAAGGCCAUGCACAGAAUGCUCUGAACAGAUUGAGCAACAACCAGCAGAAUCAACAAAUCCAGCAGCAACAACAGCAAUCAGGCAUUGCGGCCAACGACAAGCAGCCGGCCGAGUCCGGACCGACAUCAGAGCGAACGCCGCAACUUGCACAAGACCCCAGUCUGUCACCACUGUCAAGACAAAAGAGCUCACAGCAACAACCUCAGCCCAGGGAAGGACCUCAAAAUUCACAACAGUCACCAUCUUUGCAUGUGCGGCACUCGUCUGUACAACAACAUACAUCGCCCGGCGAAAGCCGGUUAGAGGCUCUGCUUAACGCCGCGCAGCAUCUCGGAACACCAGCCGACGUGCCUUGGAGAUCGCCAUCUCCAAUAAAUCUACCCACUGACAAUGAACGCUUUCUGACGCGGCAGCCGGACAACAUGCCUCCACCCAUUGACCCAGCGAUCGAUAUGCUUUCAUUUUCUCCUCAGGGUCAUGUCUCUAGCCUCGACCAGUGGGCGUUCGAGCUAGUGCAGAGCAACCAUCCGCUUCCAAAUCGAACGCCGGCCGACGCUUUACAGACCUGGCUCUUUCCUCUCGAGAAUGACAUCUUGGCCUCCAACAAUUCUCAUCAUAUGACUAUUGACAGUCACUUUGACAACGACUUUUUCCGCAACGGCGGAGACAACCAUGGCAGCCCGUCCGGUAGUAGUGUCUCAAUCGCAAGUAGGAUACCGAAGGAGCGGUUUGCAAGAGUUGAAAGCUGUUGGCCUUUGAGAUCCCGAACACCAUCUCGUCUGAUGCCAACCCUCUGGCAGAGCUUAGUCUCUUGCGACUGUUCGAACAUCCUUUCGGAGAUCCCUUCCGGCGUCAUCGAGACCCCCAUUAGUGAGCGUGAAAGAAGAAAUUCAAGAUGGGGCCUCGACGAGGAAUGUAGGGACCUGUUACAAGGUGCCCUCAAUGAUGCGCCACAAGCCAAUACUCGGCGAUCAGAAUCGUAUGGCGACACCGCAUCAUCAGGCGGUGAGGCAGGAGCCAGUCCCAGUGGUAUCGAAAACGUGAACGUCCGCUUUCCACCUGCGGAAAUUCUUGACAUUGCUUUGGAGAUGUAUCUGUAUUAUUUCCACCCGACUUUGCCUAUCAUUCAUAUCCCUACUUUCUCGGCCAAAAAUGCUCCGAGAUCCUUGCUACUCUCGAUGUGUCUUAUUGGAUUAAGUAUCCUCGGCACAGCUGGAGCUGCGAAGUUCGUAUCACGGACAUAUCCUGUGGUUCUGCAAAUGGUGUCCGCAGAAUUGCAAUCCUUGUCAACAAGUAAUCACACAGCCCAGAGCCAGAUGCGCAUCCUCGCAACCGGCCUGUUGGCACUUAACUUGGCUUCUAUAACUGGCGUAAGCAGGAAUGUGGCUAAGGGUGAAUCGAUCGCUAAGCGAGAGCAGCGGAAGAGCCGUAUAGCCCAAGCCGAGAAGCUCUACAGUGAUCUAAUCACGGCCGCGCAAAAACACGGUCUCUUUUCUGCAAAUGAGAGUGCACCACCGGAUUCGUUUCUAGAAGAUAUACUGGAUAUCGACGCGCGGUGGAAGGCUUGGUGCCGGGUAGAGUGCGCGAAACGUAUCAUAUUCGGCUUGUUGGAGGUAGAUUGCUGGUACGCAGCGUACCUUUCGGCCUCCCCAAUGAUAAGGCCAGAAUCCGUGCAGAUCCUACCCCCGUCAGAAUACAACUUGUACCACGCAAACUCUCCGACCAAAUGGUUCAAUCUAGUACAGCGCGGAGCCCGGAUAAAUUCGAAUAGAAUUACGCCUUCGUACUUGCCAACACCUGGGCUGAAGCUGGACUCCGGUACCUUGCGUAGCCUCUUGACGCUCUUUCUCUUGCGGGUAUACGAAGCCAACGAUCGGCUCGCAAACAUCAACGGGCCUCAAAAGCAUAUCGAACCAUGGCGGAUAUACUCCGAGGAUCCUAGAAGUCGCGAAUUAAUCCCGCUCCUGGUCAACUUCUCCUCAUCUUCUAUUGAUGCUUUACGAACGGCGGAUCUCAACUCUGCAGUUCUUUGGCACUCUGCAUGCAUGAUGCUAGGCGCCAAUAUGCGCUACUUUGAGCUUGCUGCCGGCCGCGCCGGGUCAGGGCCCGCAGUGGCUGCUUUAGAAGAUAUCUCAGCAUGGUCACAAACGCCAUCGGCACGAAGAUCGGUGUUGCACGCCGCCCACAUUUUCAAGCUUCUCUUUGAUCGCAAAGUGUCUGAUAUUGUCAAUCCGCACAGUGUUGUCGCUUUAUUCCAGGCCGCGCUUGUCCUUGGCCUCUACAUCUUCACCCUCCCUCCAACUUCAACUUGUGGCAUUAACGACAACUGCAUCGAGCUUCUUGACAUCAUUGACUGGACUCAUGUCGGACAGGUCGGUCUCAUCGACUCGCCGCAUUCUCCAAGUGCAUCUCUUGGCUUUGGCGAUGCCUCUCUAGUUAACUUCAUACGGAAUGGUGGUCCCUUCAGCAUUACUGGCAUCGCACUUGAAGGAGGGUACCUUGCGGCACGGCGCACGCUGUUACACUGCGCCGACUUGAUGGAUGGUGUUGGCCGCUGGAAGAGCAGAACUUUCUCUCAGAUUCUUCAUAUUAUGAGCGAUGACCUUACGGAAAUGGAUGGGGAUAGCGAUGACGCAUGA